AGAAAUCAAACGCAGUGGAAACGCGUCAUGCCAAUGCCAAUGCCAAUGCCGAACGCCCCGGGCUCCGGGCUCCGGGUUGCCUUUAAACGCCUAACUUACGCCUAGAGCCUCGUGACUGCCAUGCCAUACAGUAAGGCCGUGCACUUUUACAGCGGGGAGGCACCAUGUGGUCGACCUGGUUGUUGGACGUCGUGGUGGUAUCAAAAGAAUAUGAAAUCUUUCUCAGUGUCUUAGGUCUCGCUUUAGUGUCAGCGAAUGCUUGUGACUCGGAAGUCUUGAAGUACUAACGUUAAUCCUAUUUGAACGAACUCAGAAACAGAAGAGCGAAAAUGCUGGAUGAGAAUCUCCCGACGUUCGUACUCGACCCCUCGAAGGACAAGCCGAAACAGCAGUCAACUUUUCUCUUCUCUCAGCACGGCGCCAAUUUCGAGCCCGCGUACACCUUACGCCAACUCGACCCAGAGCAGCAUGCGUCGAGGAAUAGAUAUGCUGCUGCCAUCUACGAUGCCUUCAACCCUGAUGUCCUUUACGCGGAGGUCCUCCUCAUUCCAUCGUGGACACAACCACCCCCGAUCUCCGAGCAGGCCAGGUUAAACGGCGCAGUUCCACCACCUCCUGAGCCUAACCUGCCCACCGAAUUCACUAUUCAACUGUACAAUCCUGACCAGCAGAUCAAGGUGACGCAUAGACCAGCAACUUGGAAUACCGCGGCUUCUUGGGAGUUUGAAAUACCUCAGCAGACCUUUCGAGCACCAUCUUGGUCGGCACUGGAUCGAGGUCAGCAUGAUCCGGCCGCGUCCGAGAUCACGCCCAAGAUUGCAUUCAGGUGGAAGAAGGACAGCAAAUUCUCAAAAGAUCUCGCAUGCUUCCUCUCAGGCAGGAGCACAGACGUCGUACGCAAGUCGAGAAGCAAGGAGCCGGACAUUACAGUGUCAAUAUUCAAAGGUCUGAAAGAAGUCACCCUGUACGAGCCAAACCUGCAAAGAGUCGAGGUAGAGGACCUGAAAGGGUUUGAAGUGGUCCUACUACUGGGAGCUGUGGUCAUUCGGGACGUGUAUUUCGGUCACCUCAAGGAGACAUUCAACAUUUCCACAAUCGGGGGAAAACUGAACCCGACAAGUCCCACCACCGCCGCUGCUGCUCUGGCUUCUGACCUGCGCCCUCAGUCAUCGUCACCAGGCCAGCUCGCAGGUUCAGCACAGCCGGGUCCCGUACGCGAUCCCCGUGUGCCUCCCACUGAUCCGCGAAGUCAGUGGGAAAUUGAUGCGCAGACAGCCCUAUUACAGAGACAAUAUGCAGAGGAAGAGCGAGCGAGGCGAAUUCGGGAAGAAGAGGCAGAGCAACAGACCAGGAAGCUACUAGAAGCUGAGGAAGCGGAACGACGAAGGCGGCAGCAAGCCCAGAUUGACCAAGAGACUGAACGUCUCAAACAGUUGUAUGGCCAAGAAGACUUCAACGCCCGCCCCAAUCUGCCUCCACGAGUCCCUCACCAGCAAAGACAUCACUCUGAGUCGACACAGUCGGCAUAUGCACAGUCUCAGCAGGCACACUAUCCAACAAUACCGUCUACGACUUCAUGGGGUGGUUAUUCUGCCGGCGGUCCGAGCAGCGGACCCUACAUGUCAGGCGCCGCUGCUUCGCAGUCGAGUUUCCUCGCUCCCCAUCCUGCUUCAAACCAGACUUUGAAACAGAAAACAAGCAUAUUCAAUUUCCGCCGACGCAGCGACCAUGAUUCGAAUAAUAGGCUGCAGAGAAAGCGAAGUGCCGUUUUCUGAUUUUAUCCGACCUUCCUCUUUAGUGAGUGACUGCCGCGUGCCAUUCGGCUAAAGGCCGAUCAAGGCCGUGUCGCAUCGAAUAUGUCAUCAUUGUGACGAGCUUCGAAACACACAUCUAUUCUUGACCAUAUUGUCACAUUCUCUAUGCGUACUACGUUUACUCGGACCAUUGAAAUAUUCAAACGUACACAAGCGAACAUGGCAGGCUCCCUAGGCAAACGUAUCGUCUUUACCGGCGGGUCAGGCAAGGCCGGUCGACACUGCAUCCCAUAUCUCCUUGAGAAGGGGCAUCAAGUCCUCAAUUUGGAUCUCAUCGAUUUCCCAAA